AUGUCUCUCACAGGUGUCACUAAAUGCAGCAACACAACAGCAAUAUCUGCCGAACGGCUGAGCAACUACUGCUAUUUUUGUUCGAAUUGUUCACAACCGUUCACUCCGAACAGCCUAUAUGUUACACAAGUUUCUUCAAACACCGGUUGGUGUGCUAUGAUGAGCAGAACGAAUUCACCUGAUGGAGUUUAUACUCGAGGCGCUGCUCUACCAGAUCUAUGCAGUUCUAAUGGAUGUUCGUGGAAAACAGUGAGUGGUGUUACUACAUGGGUUUGUUGUUGUAAUUAUGAUCUAUGCAACGCAUAUGUUCCAACAACGACUACUCGACCACCUGCUCUCAGAAUCUGUUACUAUUGUUCGACUUGUCCAGAACCGUUCACUCCGAACAGCCCAUAUGUUACACAAGUUUCUUCAAACACCGGUUGGUGUGCUAGGAUGAGCAGAACGAAUUCACCUGAUGAAGUUUAUACUCGAGGCGCUGCUUCACCAGGUCUAUGCAGUUCUAAUGGAUGUUCGUUGAGAUUAGUGAAUGAUGUUGCUAUAUGGAUUUGUUGUUGUAAUUAUGAUCUAUGCAACACGUAUAUUCCAACAACGACUACUCAACCGCCUGCUCUCAGAAUCUGUUACUAUUGUUCGACUUGUCCAGAACCGUUCACUCCGAACAGCUCAUACGUUACACAAGUUUCUUCAAACAACGGUUGGUGUGUUGUAAGUUUACUGAUCUACUAA